UCGGGUGUGGGCGUCUCUCUCUCGCCUGAAUAGCGGUGAUAAAUUUCACCCGUUCUCUCUGGGACGCUUCUCCUCCAUCAAUUUUUCCCGCCGGGCACUCUACAGGAGGGGCACCUGUUCAUCGGCUUUUAGCCAGCUCCAUUUUUUUUCCCGCUCUGGGGAUAAUACUUUAGCGGUCUUUGAUGGGAAAUCGGUUACUGAGCUCAGGUACUAGAUUUGUACUUCACCAGACAAAACUGAAUGGAAAGGGCACUGAUGAACUAUCUCAUUGAAGGGAAUGUUGACUUUGAUAGUGAAGACCAAGGACUACAGCGGUACAAUUUGAAGACGACGGUAAAAUUCAAGGAUGAAGAAAACAAAAUACAAAUUCUUUGUGUUGGCAGUCCAAGUCAAAAACCAACCAAAUGUGUCCUAUUACUUGGAGAAACUGGUGCUGGAAAGACUACUAUAGUUAAUGCAUUAAUUAACUUUAUAUUUGGUGUAAAGUUUAAAGAUAAUUUUCGUUUGCAGAUAAAAGAUCAGAGUGUUAGCAUGGAUAGGAGAGAUACAGAAAGUCAAACAGAUUUUGUCACUGCAUAUCUAAUCUACCAUCAAGAGGGAAUGAUGUGUAGCUUCAACUUAAUGGUAAUAGACACUCCAGGAUUAGCAGAUACCAGAGGCAUACAACAUCAGGGAAAUGUCAUGAAUCAGUUGGAAAUAUUUUUAACAUCUGACUAUGGAAUAGAUGAUCUAAAUUGCAUUGGGUUAGUUGCCAAAGCAAAUACUAAUAGAGAUUUCACAUUUCAAAAGGACAUAUUGAGAGAGAUUAUUUCACUACUUGGUAAUAAUGUGCCAGAGAUUACCCAACUUUUUGCUACUUUUGCAGUUGAGAAGCCCAUGGUUGACCAGAUUAUUAUAAAUGCAGGAGUGAAAUUCAGUGAUAUGUUUGAAUUUGAUAAUGGGAUCCUCUAUACGUCUUACAGAGCUAGUUCUGUACGUAAGAGAGAUCAAGAUAUGUUUUCAUAUAGGUGGGGAAUUAUGACUGAACAAUAUGAAAGAUUUUUUGCUGCAUUUUCAGAAGCCCCACCUGUUAGUGUAAAGCUUUUACGUGAAAGGAAACUUUUUGAUAAAACUUUAAAAAUAUUAAGGAAGCAAGUUGAGGAAUUAGCUAAGUUACUUACUACCUUGGAGGUAAAUAAGAAGAUAUUGGUUAAAUAUGAAUUACAGGAAGCAAAAAACAGAAACUGGAGGCAAGAAAAAACUAUACGAAAAAAGCAUAAGCUGAGUAUAGAGAAUGGCUUUCAUGCUCAUAAUUGCCCAGAAUGUAAUCAGACAUGUAUAUUCCCAUGUCCCCCAGAGAAGGACAAUAGUAAUGCAAGUUUUAUUGGAGGGAUAGCAGGUGCCUUAGGUGGAACAGCUGCUGGGGCUGCUGCUGCUCAGGCUACUCUGAAUAGUGCAGUUGCUGCAGCUAGAGCUGCUACUUCUACUGGGAUUGCUGCAUCAGUUGGAGGCUGGGUGACAAGGGCUCUAGGGGGAGCAACAGUUACAGCAACUGAAGUUGGUGCUGCUGGUGGUGUCCCUGGUAUUAUUGUUGGUGGUGUAGUAGGUAUUACUAUUGGUGUUGUAACUGGGACAUGUUGUGGUAGAUUUCUUCGUCCAAGUUCUUGUCUUCCUCCUGGAAGAGGGGAUGUAUGUGGUGAAUAUGGAUGCUUGCAUUCUUUAUCACAGCACAUCACGGAACAAGAAAGGAUUGUGGAGUACAGUGAAUUAGAGGUGAAGAUAAACGAAGAUAUGAAAGAACUUUAUGAUAUAGCCGUGUCUAAAAAAAAUGAUGAAAAGGUCAAAAUUACAAAUGGUAAACAGAAAAUACAAGCAGUGAAGACAAAUGUUGUUCAGAACACAUUACAGAUUCUGCUUCAUGCACAGAAAAUACAAGAUCUGUCUUCAUCGUUAGAUCCGACAGAUAUACAAGAUUUUCUUGAUAAAUUGAUUGCAGAGGUACGGCUGGGUGAGCCAGAUCACAUCCACCAUGCAGUAGGAAUUCUUCGUAUACUUAAGAAGGCUAUAAAAUUGCUCCAAAGUUGUGAAGGGGAUCAUACCCAGACAAAUUUUGAUAAUGUAAUGAAGCUUUUGAUAAAUCUGCCUCAAGAGCAUUAAGAGACUUUUAUACUUUUGUCACAUACUGAAUUCCAUUUACAGUAUAUCCUAUACUAUAUACUGUCAACUUUUAUUAUUACAUAUAGUUAUUCCAGUUGUUGAUAUAGACUAUUGUGGUUCCCAAUGAGGAAUCAUGAAUUUUUGUUUACCAUUUUGACUUUUUCAUUUUUCAUGCAUUUUGAAUGUCUUUAUUCACAAGUCUAGCCAUUGACUACUGGAGCAUAAGCAUUAUGCUUUUAACCCUUUGGCUGUUUCUGUCAUAUAUAUACUUCUUACGAGCCACCGUGUUUGACGUAUAUACACUCAAAAAUUCUAGCGGCUUCAAAUCAAGCAGGAGAAAGCUGGUAAACCCACAUGUGAGAGAAUUGGUCUGUGUGGUCAGUGUGCACCAUAUAAAAAAAAUCCUGCAGCACGCAGUGCAUAAUGAGAGAAAAAAGCUCUGACCGUUUUUUUUUUUUUUUAAUUAAAUUGCUGACUUUGUGGUCUAUUUUCAUAUAGUAUUUAUGGUUGUAUUCUUGUUUUCUUGGUUCAUUUGAUAGAAUGGAAAACAUAUUAUAGAAAUAGAGGUGAUUUUGAUUGGUUUUACAAUGAAAAGAACCUUGAAAUGGAGCUCAAAGUAAGGAAAAUGUUUGAUUUUUGUCGAUGUUCAAAAGUAAAUAAAUGAUGUCAUUUUCCAAUAAAUGUCCAAGUAGCCAUUCUGAUAUGCAGUCAUGAAUAUACAAUUAUUACAAUAUUGCAGUAGUCUGCAUAACAGUAAAUCUUCUAAUUUUUGUUUGAAUAAAAAUUCAAAAUAGGAAGCAAGAGUAAUAUCAGAGGGGCCUGGAGAUGUGACUGAUGAACAAAGAAAAUGUUAUUUUAGAGCCAGGAAUGUCUGCAUUGUUCAUUCUGGACCCUAUUUUGAAAUUGUCAUAUUUUUUAAUUUUCGUGAAAUUGGCCAAAUUGCAAAUUUCUGACCACGUUAUUGGGUAGUUGAAAUCAGUAAAUGGGCAAUAGAAAAAAUGGAGUUCUAAAGAAAUAGCCAUGAGUUUGGUCGACUGGAAUAAUGGAAUUAGCCGAAAAUAGGGCUCAAAGUGAGCGAAAUUGCCAAUUCGUAAAUAUCACUGAGGUUGCUAAAUUCGCGAGAGCGUAAUUCCGUCAGUUUUCCAUCAAAUUUCAUUCUUUUGGUGUCAUUACAAUCGAGAAAAGAUUCUCUAUCAUUUCAUGAGAAUUUUUUUUUUUUUUUUUCAGAAAGUUUGCUACACCAGGAGACACCUCAGGAUUUGGGGUUGCGACAGUCGAGGGAUUAAAUAUAACAGGAGCUUACUGCUAAUACCACUUACUUAUAUUUGGGUGAGGAUACAAAGCACAUGGUGCUCCUCUCCGGCAAUUAAUUUGCCCAAAAUACAUUUGCAUACUAGUGGCUUACUUUUGUGCCUGACAAUGUUCUAUUACAUGUAACCACAUUAUCUUUGUACAAUAUAAAAAGAAAUAAAAAAUUUGAAGGCGGGGUGUUAAUGUUGCAGUUUAACCCUUUGACUGUUUUCGACGUAUAAAUACGUCUUACGAGCCAAUGUUUCUGAUGUAUAUAUACUCAAUAAUUCUAGUGGCUUCAAAUCAAGCGGGAGAAAGCUGGUAGGUCCACAUGUGAGAGAAUGGGUCUGUGUGGUCAGUGUGCACCACAUAAAAAAAAUCCUGCAGCACACAUUGCGUAAUGAGAAAAAAAAACUGAUCGUUUUUUUGGAAUAAAACGCCGACUUUGAGGUGUAUUUUCGUAUAGUAUUUAUCGUUGUAUUCGCGUUUUCAUGGUCUUCGGUGAUAAAAUGGAAAACAUAUUACAGAAAUAGAGAUGAUUUUCAUUACUUUGACGAUGAAAACGACCUUGAAACUGAGCUCAAAGUAGCGGAAAUGUUCAAUUUUUACCAAUGUUCAGGAGUAAAUAAAUUACACCACAUGUCCAAUACACGUCAACUGGGGAGUCUAAUAUUCUUUCACUAGUGCACUGAUAUUAUUUAUACCAUUUUUACAAUAAUGCAGUAGUCUGCAUAACAGUAAAUUUUGUAUUUUUUUGUAUGAAUAAAAAAUCAAAAUAGCAAUAAUAAUAUAAGAGGGGCCUAGAGAUGUGACUAAUGAACAGAGCAUAUGUUAUUUUAGUGCCACGAAUGUCUACCUUGUUUAUUCUGGACCCUAUUUUGAAAUUGGCAUCUUUUUUAGUUUGCGUGAAAUUGGCCAAAUUGCCAAUUUCUGACCACCAUAUUGGGUAGUCCAAAUUAGUAAAUGGGAGGUUUCUUGUACUCAGCUGAUAGAUAAAAUGGAGUUAUAAAGAAAUAGCUAUGAGUUUGGUCAACUGGAACAAUGGAAUUGGCUGAAAAUAGGGCUGAAAGUCGGCGAA